AUGUCUGGUGAUCAACUACAGAAGCAAAUUCCCCCAAAACCACCGGAUGUAUCUAAAACCUUUGCUUCACUUUUUACGAGCCCGAAGAACUCUGUUUUGUUCUUGAACCCGACAACUUGCUCGGGCUUGGUUCUUGGAUCAAAUUCUGAUAUAGUUCCUGUUUAUUAUGGUAAAAUCUCAUCUAUGCCUCCUUCGAUUUAUAAGGUAGAUCAAAAUUCCUCAUCCAAUCAAAUCCCUUCGAAUGUUCAGAUCCCAUCUUUUACCCAAAUUUCUUCGGUUACUCAUAUUCCUUCGAAUGGUAAGAUCUUGUCAAAUUCUCAUAAUCCUUCGUCUGUGUUGGUAUCAUCGUCAGAUUCUUUUCCUUCAAAUGUUCAGAUUUCUUCUAUUUCGCAAAUUCCUUCGAUUGUCCAAGUUUCUUCGAUUUCUCAUGAAUCUUUGGUAAAUCCUGUGAGUGGUCAGAUUGCUUCUGAUAUUCCUGGAGGGACUUUGAGGAAUUUGAUUUCUUCCGUAGAAGCUCCAAAGCCAGCAAAACGAGUGGUAUACAACAACGGCGAACUGGGAAUGUAUUGGUCGCUAGAGGAAACUCAACAAUUAUCAAAGGGUUUUCAUCAGUCUUUGAUUGGGAAAUGUGCAUACGGUAAGCCUUCUGUGGGAGUAAUCAAGGAGUUUAUCAAAUCUAACAAGGUCAUGAUGAAUGGAAGGGUCAAAAAACGUAUGGAGACUGAAGCUGUAAUAGCUAAUAAAGUGACCGAGCCAGUAAAGGAGAGAAAUAAAGGGGAUGAAUGGAAGGGUCCUAAAGGGAAAGUAGUUGGUCAGGAAGUUCAGAGGGACAAACAAAAAAUGGAAUAUAGACAAAAAUCUGUUAUUCCUACUCAGGGGAUAGAAAAUAGAUUUGCUGUUUUGGAUAUUGAUGUUGAUGUCUCAGAGAGGGGAAUGACAGAGAUAGGGGAUGCUGGUGCUUUGGGAGAGAUGAAUGACAAAGAGGUGAAUCUGAAUAAUGAGAUUCAGGAAGUAGAGGUGGUGGAGAAGGUAGUAAGUGAGAAGGAAUUGAGUAAUCAGGAGGGAAAAAUAGAGUUGUCUGGGAAUGGUAGACAAGAGAAGCUUUUUAUUGAAUCUGAUCUUGGAAGGUUGCCUCAGAAUAAAGAUGUGCUGAAGGAAGAUGUGUUGGAGGAAAAGGAUUCUUCUUUCCUUGUUGAUUAUCAUUAUGAUGCUAGGAAGGGUUCUGGCAUGUCGUUAGAUGAUGAGAUGGAUCUGGUCAGAAGUAAGGAGCCCCCUAAUAAGGGUUAUUUGUCUGAUGUGGGCAGCUCUAAGAGUGGAGAAUGGGGUAUUAUGUUUACAGAGGAUCAGGAGGAGUCUAAUGAUUUCAACUUGAAAGUGGUACCCUCUUCAACAGCACAUAUUGGACUUAAGUCUGAAGGAUUCGUUUGCCAUGACCAACAUUGCAGUGAUGGUCUGCUGAUCUGUUGCAUAAAAUCUCCAAAGUCAUUAUAUAAUGUUGUGAAUCUAAUCCCUGAAUUCUGUUUCCAAUGUUCUUUGCAGGUGUCACAGUGGAUGACCGAUAAAAGAUACAUUCCCCUCAUGCAAGGUGACAUUGCCAACCGGCUAAAUUUGAUUUGUAGAGUGCAUGGCUUAGAAGAAGCUGAGAAAUAUUUCAAAAACAUACCGCAAAUAUUAAAAGGCUAUGAAGUUUAUUUGGCUCUUCUGAAUUGCUAUGCGCAUGACAAAACAGUGGAAAAAUCGGAGACCUUCAUGCAGAAAUUAAGGGAUAUGGGGUAUGCUAGGACACCACGGAGCUACAAUAUUAUGAUGAAUUUAUAUUAUCAAAUGAAAAGUUGGGAGAAAUUAGACACUCUGGUGCAUGAAAUGGAAGAGAAGGGCAUCUAUUUUGACUACUACACAUAUAGCAUUCGCCUAAGCGCAUAUGCUGCGGCUUCUGAUAUUGAAGGAAUGGAUAAAAUUGUCACAAAAAUGGAAUCUGAUCACCGCGUUACUCUGGACUAUUUUACUUACGCUGUUGCGGCAGGUGGGUACUUGAAAGUUGGUUUGGUGGAUAAAGCUUUGGCAAUGUUGAGUAAAUUGGAGGGACAGAUGAUUUCAACCAAGAAAAGGAAUGUUGCAUUUGAUUGUCUCCUCAGACUGUAUGCAGGCACUGGGAAAAAAGAUGAAUUGCACCGGAUCUGGAAUCUGUACAAAAAGGAGAAAAUCUUUAACAAGGGUUAUAUGACCAUGAUGAGCUCACUAUCGAAAUUUAAUGCCAUUGAAGAUGCUGAGAAGAUUUUUGAGGAAUGGGAAUCGAGGGGCUUAGCCUAUGAUUUUCGGAUUCCGAACUGCUUGAUAGAUGUUUAUUGUAGAAAUGGUUUCUUAGGGAAGGCUGAAUCCCUUUUAGAAAGGGGGAUAGCCAACGGGGGCAAUCCUUCUGCUAAUACGUGGUGCUCAUUGGCUGGUGGGUAUAUUGAAAAUAAUCAAGUUGCAAAUGCUGUGGAAGCUUUGAAGAAAGCAAUUUUGAUUUGUCCAUCUAAUUGGAAGCCCAGCAAAGAGACUUUGUCGGCCUGUUUGGAAUUUUUGGAAAGGCGGGGAGAUGUGGAAGAAGCAGAGGAAUUCAUAGAGCAACUGAAAACACACAAAAUUUUCUCAGCAGCUGUUCACGACAGAUUGCUAAGUUGUAUAAGGGUUGGGAAGACACAAUCUUAAGUGCAUAUAGUCACACGUAAUGGGUCGUUGUUAUUGGGGUUUAAGAAAUACAUACAGCCUGGGAGGUAAAGCAGUAUGGUGACUACUGAGUUAAGCAGUGAGAAGUUUUGGGUUGCUGUGAUUGAUGUUUUAUAUCUUGGCUAGUAUUGUGAUUAUUAUUUCAGCCAUUGCAAUGGAGCAGCAGGCAUAGUACAAUACAACUAACAAAACUGUGGGUUGAUGACUGUUAUUUAUGCAUGUGCUCACUUCAACCAUGAAUCCUAGUGCUGUAAAGAAGAAAUUGCAAGCAAUAUACUGUGUAAGUCCAUAUCUUCCUUUAUUUUGGUUCUUGUCAAAUCAGAACUCUCAGAUGGA